AAAUUUCUUUUGUUGUUUAUUGUUAAACUCAAGGUUUAUGUUCAUAUUAUUUACAAAAAAAUUACAUAUAUCACAAGUGUGUUGGAGUAGUGUGAACAUCAUUGAAAAAUUAUGCCGAUUUUUGCCUUACACUUUUUGUCAUUUUUAACCGUUCUUCUAAACAAUAUAAAUAGUGAGAAUGGACACAAAAGUUUUUAGUUUAUAAACAUGAAGGCUUACUUCAUUAUAAUUGCUGUAAUUUUUAUGCCAUUGAGUGGUAUGGUUAUAAACCAUCAGGAUAAUCAUGUUCGCAGUUACAUAUUCGGAAUGAUAAAAGCAGUCCACACUCUUGUAUUCACCUGUACCUAUAAAGAAGCAGCAAAGGGAAUAAAACAAUUGUCAUCAUUUAAUACGUUUAUGAAGAUUGUAAAUUUGAAAUCCAGCAAAUGUAUGGAGGCCUUAUUUACCCCUAAAGUGCACGCUAAGACGUCAAUAUUUAUCGAUUGCAGAUGUAUUGAGGCCGGUGAUGUAUUACAUAAAGGGUCAAAUGGAAUGUUUUUUAAUAAAACGUACCAAUGGAUGUUGUGGGAUGCAGCGAACAAAUGUUUACCGCUGCUUUACAAACUUAAAAAUAUUGGACCAAAUGCACAAUUAAUUAAGGUACAUCGGCAAAACUCGACUUUUGUCGUAUCUGAUUGUCAUUCCAAGGGACGCCAUUUAAAUGCAGCCUUAGAAUUUAUUCAGUUGGCAAAUUUUUUUAGUAAUGGUUCAUCAACCAUUCUGGAUUAUAUUGACAGAACGCAAAAUAUCUAUUGCCGGGAUAAUUUUAAUGGGCUGCUGUUGAAGGCAGCCACUGUGAUUGACCAAGACAAUAUUACGUCCAAUAUUGAAAUAGAAGACAUUUUAUCUCGAUCUCACAAAGAGUCCGGAGUUGCUGCAUUUGCAAAAUACCAUUACGCCUUGUUUUGCAUACUUCGAGAAAGGUUUAAUUUUACCGUUAAAUUUCGUAAUGCCCGUGGAUGGGCUGGAAAACUUGGAAAUUCAUCUUUACGUUUGGGUUAUAUAGGAAUAAUGCAACGCAAUGAAGCUGACGUGGGUGCCUCGGCAUCAUAUAACCGUAUAAAUCGUUUCGACUUCUUUGACAUUCUUCAUCAAGGCUGGAAACUUGAAACAGCUUUUAUAUAUAGGUUAACCCCUAACAUUGGCUAUAAAAAUUUGAAAGGAGAUUUCUUUGCCCCUUUUCAUAUAUAUGUUUGGUUUAUUAUGGGGGGCAUUUGUCUCCUUUUGACGGUAGUUUGGAUGUGUAUAGAAUACAUGGUGUCUAAAAAAACAGAUCAAUUUACUGCAGUAAAUGUGAUUCCAGUCAAUGUGGUUGGUGCUAUUUGUCAGCAGGGAAUGGACCCGAGUCCAAUGGGAAUAUCAUCUCGUAUUAUUUCGCUCACAACUUUUGUAUUUUCAUUAAUAUUCUACAAUUAUUACACAUCAUCCGUUGUGGGCGGUCUUUUGGGCAAUACAGUUGAAGGCCCUUCAACUAUAGAUGCCAUAAUUUCUAGCGAAUUAAAAGUAUCGUUUGAGGAUAUAGGAUACUAUAAAAUCUUAUUCCAGUAUAACAAAACGCCAAGGAUAAGAAAACUUCUUGAAAAAAAGGUGCUUCCCCACAGAGGCCCAAAGGAUUUGCCUGUGUACACACAUUUGGAAGAUGCUCUACCAUAUGUCAAGAAAGGAGGCCACGCUUUUCAUUGCGAAGUCGUCGACGCCUAUCCCGAAAUAGCAAAGCAAUUUGAUGUUUCCGAAAUUUGUGACUUACGAGUAGUAUUCGGAUUGUUGGAGUCGGAGCUCUUAAAUUUUGUUAUACACAAAAACAGUCCAUUUACGGAAAUAUUUCGCAUAGUAAUGAGGAGAGCGGUUGAAACUGGUCUUGAUAAGCGAAUACUUAAACAAAGACAACCGGAAAAACCACCUUGUAGUAACCUGUAUACCGUUUACCCUGUAGAUCUCACUGGUACAUUCAGCGCUUUUAUUUUUCUAGCAGGUGCCAUCGUAUCAUCACUUGUACUGUGCUGCAUAGAAGGUCUGUUUAAAGUGCAAGUACAAGUAUUUAAAUGUCAACUUCAAUAAAUGCAUUGGAAGAAACAAUAAUAUCUAAAACACUCAAAUAAAAAUCACUCGCACAUACACCACCAAUCUUCUCAACCUCUAACAGUUAUUGUCACAUACAACAAAUCGGAUGUAUUCAAUAGACGCACAAAACUUUCAAAUUUCGACGUAUUCCGACGUGCUUAUUUCGCUCCGCUUGUAAAGAGUAUUGAUCAUCCAUAUAUCCUCGUAUUGUAGCCAUACAAGGUACAUGCUAAAU